ACUUUCCUUUCCCCCAAUACACAUUAAUAACACACACACAGUGCUGGGCUUCUCCAACCAAACAAGAACAACGCGCGCUUCAAAAACCAUGAUUGGCAUUGAUUGUUGCAGCCAAGAUGUUCGGCAAAAAGCAUGAGACAAACAUCAUUCAACCUCGGCCGGUUUCAUAUAAUUACCUAUCGUUCCUCGACCGGCUAUGACCACUACAACCUUUCCUCUGACCUUGUCUCUCACACCCACUUUCCUGUUUUUUAAAAUUAUAUUAAAAGAAAAGAAAAAAAAAGCUUUACCCUUUCAUAGUUUCAUUGUUCUGUGCUUAAAAAGUUGAAAAAAACUAACACCACCAACGUUAAACACACUUUUUGCUUGGUCGUGAUCUAUAAAAUUCUUCUUCUUCUUUUUUUCUCACAAAAUCCCAAAGUGAUUGCUUUUGUUUGGUUUUAUUAUCUUUGGUGGGCACGCACGCACGGACAUUUCCUAGCUGUAAAGGCCCACUGUUGCCGACACGACCCCAGUUGACUCAGUGGGACUCCGAUUCUUGCUCUCAGCUCUGUUUGUUUUCCUUGUUGGGUAUCUUUGUUUUCUUUCUUUCUUUCUCUCUCUCUCUUUUUUUUUUUUUUUUUAUUAGAGAGAACUAAUAUUUGGGUCUCCAACGGAAAAUGAAGAAGUGGACUUGGUAGAAGAGAGAGAGAGACAGAAAGGCCUUUCCUUUCUCUCGCUUGGCCAUGGCUCCAGCUGGGAAGGUCUCUGGGUUUCGUCGAGAAGGCAAUGACUGGUUCUGCAAUGCUGGAUUGCCGAGUGAUAUUACGGUUGUGGUGGAUGGCAUUAACUUCCAUCUUCACAAGUUUCCUCUCAUAUCAAAAUGUGGGAAGAUAGCAAGAGUAUAUGAAGAAUCCCAAAGUAAAUUUGAGAAGAUUUUCACUGCAGUGCUGGAAGAGUUCCCCGGUGGCCCUGACUCUUUCUUGAUUGCAGUUAAAUUCUGCUACGGUGUCCGGGUCGAACUGACACCAAGAAACAUAGUAGUGGUGUACUGUGUGGCAGACUACCUUGAAAUGACAGAUGAGUAUGGAGAAGGAAAUUUAAUCUCUAAGUCAGAGAGUUUCUUCCAUAAGAAUAUACUUCGCAACUGGAAAGAUUGUAUUUUGGCUCUUCAAAGUUCUGAGCCUGUCAUGUCAAGGGCUGAAAAGCUCCAGAUAUUGAGCAAAUGUUUUAAUGCUCUAUCUAUGAUGGUUUGUACAGAUCCUAGUUUGUUUGGUUGGCCCAUGAUGAUGUAUGGCAGUUUACAGAGCCCUGGUGGAAGCAUCUUAUGGAACGGAAUUAACACAGGGGCCAGAAUUCGAAGCUCCGAAUCUGAUUGGUGGUUUGAAGACAUCUCAUAUCUUAGUGUGAGUUUGUUUGAGAAACUUAUGAAGACAAUGGAAGCAAAAGGUAUAAGACCUGAAAACCUAGCUGGUGCAACAAUGUACUAUGCCAGAAAGUACCUACCGGGUCUAGGCCGAUGGCAGGGUGGACAAAGUGGCAAAACCAGAACAGUUGCAAGUUUUAGCUUGACACCUGCUACUGUGGAUCAAAGAGUUCUAUUGGAAAGCAUUGCGAAGCUCCUGCCAGAAAAAAAGGGGAAAUCCUUUUGCCGUUUCUUACUGGGACUACUUCGUGUUGCAUUGAUAUUGGGCGUCUCUCAUGUGUGCAAGGACUCUUUGGAGAGGAGGAUAGGAAUGCAACUAGAACUGGCAACCCUAGAUGGUCUUCUGAUUCCUACUUAUUCAGAUUCUGAUACAUUAUAUAAUACUGACUGUGUUGAAAGAAUCAUUCAUUAUUUUAUGUCUUCAGAGUCGGGGAUAACAUCAUUUUCUCCAUCAUCAUUUGACCUGGAAACAUCGCCAUCAUCUGGACCAUUAAGAAACGUUGCAAAGUUGAUAGAUGGCUAUAUAGCAGAGGUAGCUUCUGAUGUGAAUUUGAAACCGGGGAAGAUUCGCGCGCUUGCGAUGGCCCUCCCAGAAUCUUCAAGACCUUUGCACGAUGGGCUAUACAGAGCAGUGGAUAUAUAUUUCAAGGCACACCCUUGGCUUUCAGAGAAGGAUAAGGAAGAACUCUGCAACGUCAUUGACUACCAGAAGCUAUCAAUUGAUGCUUGUGCCCAUGCAUCCCAAAAUGAUAGGUUGCCACUUAGAGUUGUUCUCCAAGUUCUGUUCUUCGAGCAGAUGCAGUUAAGGACAGCACUAGCUGGCUGUCUCCAUGUAUUGGACGCUGAAAGUGCCCCUGCAGGUCCUUUGACUGUCCCAGGUGACAUGGCAGGUCAGAUUGUACAGAGGGACGGGUGGGUGACAGUAGUACGUGAAAACCAGGUUCUAAAGGUGGAUAUGGAAAGGAUGAGGUCUAGAGUUGGGGAACUUGAGGAAGAAUUUAGUAAAAUAAAGCAAGAAAUGAAAAAGGUUACAAAAUCACAUAGCACCCUUAGUUCUCCUCGUUUGGUUGCAAAGAAACUUGGAUUCAAGCUUAUUCCACGAUCCUCAGAUGCUCAACCAGAUACUGGUGAAAGCACUGGACCUACUCCAAGAGCAUCAGUUGAGCAGGCAUGUCCUCCCUGUCAUUCCAGACACAGGAAAAGUUUCUCUUUGUUUUGAGGGUUAGUACAAGAAAACUGAGGAUGGCAUUUUCGUACAUACUCUUUGGUUCAGAAUGUGCAAAGGAAAGGAAAGGAAAAUGUUACAAUUUGCCUCCUAUUUUUGGCUUUUUUUUAAACAAUCGAGCAUUUUCCUCUUCUUUCCUUUGUUUGAAUCUGGCAUUAUCGGAAGGCAGUCAAAAAAGAGCCAUAGUUUUGCUCCUCAGAAUUGUUUUUGGAGUGUCUGUAAGGAGAAUGGCUGCCUAUAUGUUUUUCUUUGGGGCUUGUAGGGUAGGGGUUGGUAGGCAUCAAAGAAUUAACCAGAAAAUCAGAAAGAAAUGAUUUGUCAUUGAAGAUGGAGCGCUGAUCCCAUCUGAAAUUUGGACUCACGGCUUUGUUUUCCACAAUAUCUGUUGUGGAGUCUAUACAAGUGAAUACAUCAAGUUACAGUUAUAUAUUGUUAAUACUUCUCAUUUCUGUAGUUAUUUCUUCUUUGGUGCUUAUACAUGUACAGCACAGUGAAUCAAGUUAUAAGUUUGUCAAACAUUGGAAAGAUGAGAAAAGGUUUAUGUUUCCCGUGUCUGAAAUUCCUAAUGAACUGAGUUCUGGUUA